AUGCUACGAGACAAGAAAACGAAAGAAAGGAAAAUAAGUGCAUCUUACCUACAUGUGGGACAUGGAAACACGUUCCUCGGCAGAGCGGCAAUCAAAGGCCAAGCAGUUGCUGUGGGUGCCAUUACUCUUGGCAAAAACGAGCAGAUUUCUUUUGUUCUGUUUUCACAGAUUGAUAGAACACAACCAUUUUCAGGGAAACCAGCAGUAGGAGGAGAGCAACAGGCACCAGGGAAAGCAGCAGGAGAAGGAGAGCAACAGGUACCAGAGAAACCAGUAGAAGGAGGAGAGCAACAGACAUCAGGGAAACCAGCAAAAGGAGGAGAACAACAGGUACCAGGGAAACCAGCAGUUGGAGGAGAGCAACAGACACCAGGAAAACUAGCAAAAGGAGGAGAGCAACAGGCACUAGGGAAACCAGCAGAGGGAAGAGGGCAAAAGACACCAGAGAAACCAGCAGAAAGAGGAGAACAACAGGCACCAGGGAAACUAGCAAAAGGAGGAGAGCAACAGGCACUAGGGAAACCAGCAGAGGGAGGAGGGCAAAAGACACCAGAGAAACCAGCAGAAGGAGGAGAACAACAGGCACCAGGGAAACUAGCAAAAGGAGGAGAGCAACAGGCACUAGGGAAACCAGCAGAGGGAGGAGGGCAAAAGACACCAGAGAAACCAGCAGAAGGAGGAGAACAACAGACAUCAGGGAAACCAGCAAAAGGAGGAGAACAACAGGUACCAGGGAAACCAGCAGUUGGAGGAGAGGAACAGACACCAGGAAAACUAGCAAAAGGAGGAGAGCAACAGGCACUAGGGAAACCAGCAGAGGGAGGAGGGCAACAGACACCAGAGAAACCAGCAGAAAGAGGAGAGCAACGGGCACCAGGGAAACCAGCAGAGGGAGGAGGGCAACAGACACCAGAGAAACCAGCAGAAAGAGGAGAGCAACGGGCACUAGGGAAACCAGCAGAGGGAGGAGGGCAACAGACACCAGAGAAACCAGCAGAAAGAGGAGAGCAACGGGCACUAGGGAAACCAGCAGAGGGAGGAGGGCAACAGACACCAGAGAAACCAGCAGAAAGAGGAGAGCAACGGGCACUAGGGAAACAAGCAGAAGGAGGAGAACAACAGGCACCAGGGAAACUAGCAGUAAGAGGAGAGCAACAAGCAUCAAGGGAGCCAGUAUUAAAAGGAGAACAACAGAAGAAUUGUUCUAAACAAGGUAAAAGAAAAAUGCCACUUUAUCAGUAUGCAGUUGAAAUUGAAAAUGGCAGAACCGCUUCAGAAAAUGGAAUGGCGAUCGAAGGACAGCAAGUCCAACCACAGUAG